AUGCAUCAAAAAGGGCAUACUACGCUGUUCGGUGGAGACAAGGGUUGGCAUGCUGCAGACUGGACUGCAAGCGAUGAUCGCGUUCGAGGAGGAAAGUCUCAGUCAUACCUUGACACAACCUCAUCAACCGCCCGAUUCUACGGCAACCUCGACAUCAAAACGCUCGGAGGGGCCGGCUUCGCUAGCCAGCGCACCUCUACCGACGACACCACCUGGGACCUGUCAGCGUAUGACGGCAUCCGACUCGACCUCGGAAAAGCAGACGGAAAGCGAUAUACGUUUAUCCUGAAAGAUGAACUACUUCCGCGGAAUCCUGACAACGGUCGCGAACAGUCGACUGUGUCUUAUGAGUAUGACUUUGAACUGGAUGAGAGCGCGCUGACGGAUGAUUCGCUCGUCUUCAUUACGUGGGAUAAACUUACUCCGACGUAUAGAGGUAAGGAGAAGAAAGAUGCUAAGAAAUUGAAUACGAAGAGUGUGAAGAGGUUCAGCAUCAUGAUGAGGAGGUAA